CUUCCGGGUGACCCACCAAGUCUGCAACAAAGACUAUUGGCAGACCAAACCAGAGCAUCACAUUCUUUGCCUGAAACUAUUUUACACUUCCCUGGGGACUUGCAAGGAAUAAGUGACAGAGUCGGAAGAUCAGAGAAAAAGUCUUCGGGGCCUGAGGAAGUUUGUAAAACGUGCCCCAAAUCCUGCAAGUGUGUCUGCCCUCUGCUGAGCCACCAUGAGCGACUGGAGCUUCCUGAGAGAGUUCCUGGAGGAGGUGCACAAGCACUCCACAGUGAUCGGCAAGGUCUGGCUCACGGUGCUCUUCAUCUUCCGCAUGCUGGUGCUGGGCACGGCGGCCGAGUCCUCCUGGGGCGAUGAGAAGGCCGACUUCCAGUGCGACACCAUGCAGCCGGGCUGCGAGAACGUGUGCUACGACCAGGCCUUCCCCAUCUCGCACAUCCGCUACUGGGUGCUGCAGAUCAUCUUCGUGUCCACGCCGUCGCUCGUGUACAUGGGCCACGCCAUCCACACGGUGCGCACGCAGGAGAAGCGCCGGCUGCGCGAGGCCGCCCACGGGGCCGGGGAGGGCCAGGCCGCCGGCCCCUACGGGUACCCGGCGGCCGAGAAGACGGAGCUGUCCUGCUGGGAGGAGGCCAACGGGAAGGUCGUCCUCCGGGGCACGCUGCUCAACACCUACGUGUGCAGCAUCCUGAUCCGCACCACCAUGGAGGUGGCCUUCAUCGUGGGCCAGUACCUGCUCUACGGGAUCUUCCUGGACACGCUGCACGUCUGCCGCCGCAGCCCCUGCCCGCACGCCGUCAACUGCUACGUGUCGCGGCCCACGGAGAAGAACGUGUUCAUCGUGUUCAUGUUGGCCGUGGCCGGGCUGUCCCUCUUCCUCAGCCUGGUCGAGCUCUACCACCUGGCCUGGAAGAAGCUCAGGCCGCGGCUGGCCCACGCGGGGCAGGGCAGGGCCGAGUGCCAGCUGCCCGGCCCCUCCGCGGGCGAGGCCCCGGGCUGCACGCCGCCCCCCGACUUCAGCCAGUGCCUGGAGAACGGUCCCGGGGGCAAGUUCUUCAGCCCCUUCAGCAAUAGGAUGGCCUCCCAGCAGAACACAGACAACCUGGCCGCCGAGCAGGUGCACGGCCAGGAGCAGAUGCCCGGGGAGGGCUUCCUUCACAUCCUCUACGCCCAGAAGCCCAAGGUGCCCAACGGCAGUGGCUCCCCGGGGCAUGGCCUCCCCCAGGGCUACCAGAGGGACAAGCGCCGGCUCAGCAAGGCCAGCAGCAAGGCCAGGUCAGACGACCUCUCGGUGUGACCCGCCCGUGUGGGGGGCCAGGACCAGGUGGGGACCACGGGGGCUCGGAGAAGGAAGAGGGGUUCUUCCGACCCCACCUGUCCCUUCUCAUCACCGCUCUGCUCCUUUUGGGCCAGGGCUGUCCGAGAACUAGCCAGGCCUCUGUCUCUUCCCCAUCCUCUGCCCGGUUCCCUCAGUGGACACUCUCAGGUUACCGUGCUCGCUGAACAGGGGGGCGUAAGGGAAGGGAACCUAGCCAGAGAGGCAGGCUAAUUCUCUCCAUACCAGCCACACGCCAGAGGGUCCUCCCCGUCUCUGUGGCUCCUGUGAACUGAGUGCCCUUCCUCCUGCAAGGAAGGCCCCGGAGCUGCCAGCCAGGAAAGAGCAUGAGCCACGGAACUUGCAUGAGGAGCGCUCUCGAAUCUGUGGUUUCCACGGGCCACGCCGUGGAGGCAGUGAGGUUGCCAGGGGCCCCCUCAGCUGCCACUGCCUCUGCCUCUGCCCAGUCUUACCUAAAAAGAGGUCCUUGGAGCUUGCCCAGUCGCCUCGACUUUACAAGUGCCUUGGAAUGUCUGCCUGGCAAAUGUCUCCCCUUUGCUGGGCCAGGGGGUGCACGCUCCCCCCUGGAGCCGCUGUGCACAGACCCGCUGGAAUUCCUGUAACCACCUGUCCUGUCCCUCCUUACAGGUCAGCCCGAUGACAGAAACCCUCCCCUCCAGGCCACCCGUGGCUGCUCCCCCAGCGCUCCCCUAAAGGCCUGACCAACCAGCGGGCCGGGGAGCCAUCGUCCUCGCUCAGAUCCCGACCAGAUCCCCAGCCACAGAGGCCAGGGGAAUCUCCCCAGGUCUGAUUAAAACAACAAGAACAUUGCGCUUCUCAGAUGCCCCUUGGGGGGAAAAAAGCAAGUCUGCUGUGAAGAUGAAAAUUAAAAGAGGAGAGAAAAUACUGGAAAAUGAUUCUUUUUCUUCCUAUUUAUUUCCCUUGCUGACUGCCAAUUAGAGUGCCAGAAGAGGGAUGAUGACAGCGAUGGAAGCCCCCAGAUCCUUCUGCCCCUGAGGAGGGCAUAGUCAUCGAGGGGAAACGCCAGAUCUCGUGGCAGGGUUCUCAUUUAAGAGCACAGAGAUCCCUGUGUCCUGAUGAAACCACCAGGAGGCGACUUCCGAGAAGCCCUCUCUGCCCAGGGACUGGCCUGGUUUCUCUAUUCAGUCCAUCCCUGAUGGGUUGCCAUUUUGGAUGACGGUCAAGGAUGCUCAGAAUUGGACUCUGAGAUGUAUAGGGGAAUGGUUACUUUUAACAAAGUGUGUGUGUGUGUGUGUGUGUGUGUGUGCACGUGCAUGCACGCACACUCAUGCACGCUGAUGGGGUGGGUGAAGGGAAAAGGAGGUCUGACAUGAGGAAAGGAAACCUUGGAGAAACCUGUUCUUUCCCCUCCCCCUCAGGUGCCUCCCAGAGGGGCGAGCCGCAUUGUCUUCAGCGUCAUCAGCCCAAAUGGAUGGGCAUGAGGGGUUGGGACAGGAGGGUGUGGGCUCAGACGGAGGCUGGGCCCGUAGCUCACCUGGCCAUCUCCUGGCCCCUCUGCUGGUGUUUGGAAGCUAUUGGUGGGUGCAAAGAAGGCUGAUGGCAGAGGGAACUGACUGUGAUACACUCUUAUCUAUUGUCCGGCGCUGGCCUCAAGACUUUCCAAAACAAAGCACAAAAGACGCUCUCUCCUUCCAUCUCUGAAAUCUUUGUCUUGUGAAAUGUGUGUUUUUGAUUUAGAGAUGCUGUGAGAUCAGUUUUUUUGAUGAUGGGAAAAAGAAAAUAUCAUGUGCCGUUUGUCUUAAUAAAGUCUGGCUCUCUGUUU